GCGGAGGUGGUGUGGCGGCAGGGGGCGGUUCUUCCGCACGGGGCGGCCCGACCUCGCCUAGGGCGGUGGCACCCUCUGCGACCGCUCCGCGGGACCCCGGGCGUCGCCAUCUUAACCAGGACGGAAGCCGCGCGGGGACCUGCGGCGCGCGCGCAGCCGGCGGAACCCGGAAGCGGGCGCGCGGCGCUCACGGCGCUCACGGCGCUCACGGGUGCGGGUGGGCUCUGGGGUGUCCCGCGGAGUCCCACCCCACGAUGGCGCUGGAGCAGGGACUGGGAUCCUCCUCGCCCCCGUCUUCUCAGCUCCUGGACGCAGUGCUCCAGAACCUCUACGACUUUGACCAAAACUAGUAUCCUUGAGAAAGACGUGAAUGUACAAGAAUUUAACUUAGAAAAGGCUCGGCUGGAGGUGCACCGGUUUGGGAUCACGGGCUACGGAAAAGGGAAGGAGCGAGUCCUCGAGCGGGAACGCGCGGUUAUGCUGGGCGCUCAGCCUCCCAAAAAGGGUUAUGUGAAUUACAAGGUUUUGCAGGAGCAGAUCAAAGAAAAAAAGGCAGCAAAGGAAGAAGAAAAGAGAAAGGCGCGGGACACAGACAUUUUCAAGAGGAGGAGGAAAGGGCAGGAAGACAGGAAAUCCAAAAAGAAGAAAUCGGCUCCCAGUAUUCUGUCAAAUGGACGGAUCGGACAGGUGGGAAAAUUCAAAAACGGGACACUGAUUCUGAGCCAAGUUGAUAUCAGGAAAAUCAAUUCUUCCCGAGUGCCGAAAUGAGGCGCCCUGGGAGCCGGAAGUGCCGGAGAGGAGCCGGAAGUGCCGGAGAGAGGAGCCGGAAGUGAAGUGCUCUUGUGCUGCGGCGGGGCCGCGCGAGACCCCCGGCCGCUCUUGCUGGUUUCCUGCUGCGCGGGCUGCUUUCUGGGGACAGAGUCAGGGAGACGCGGUAUGACUCCGGUCGCCGAGGCGUCUGAGGGCGGUAACCGUGUUGGGCCGACCACGCCUUGUGGAAGUAAAGUAAACCUGUUGGGAGGAAUGGUUCAUUUUC